UUUGAAAUUAACCAAGAAAUUAACGUCAUAAGUUUAAAAAUCCAACUGGAACACAUCACAGCACACAACAUGUCUACAUUUCAAAUACCUUCCCGAAUCAAAAUCGAUAUAACAGAUAAACGGGCACAGAAUAUUCUUCACAAAUAUCUUCAUAUACCAACCUCUUGUGGAGACAUGAGCAGCGGGGUAGAAGGUAAUUCACACCAAGCCGCAGUGGUUAUUGACAACGGCUCUGGAGUAUGUAAGGCUGGAUUCUCCCCAGAAGACACUCCUCGCGUGGUCUUUCCGUCGAUUGUGGGCAGACCUCGUCACCUAAACGUUCUGCACGAUUCCUUGAUCGGUGAAACUGUUAUUGGCGAGGCGGCAGCUCGAAAAAGGGGAAUACUAACCCUGAAGUAUCCCAUCGAGCACGGAAUGGUCAAGAACUGGGAUGAUAUGGAGAUGGUUUGGAAGCACACGUACGAGCUCUUGCGGGCGGAUCCAAUGGAUUUGCCGGCUCUACUCACCGAAGCGCCUAUGAAUCCGAAGAAGAAUAGAGAGAAGAUGACGGAGAUUAUGUUCGAACACUUUCAGGUGCCAGCGUUUUAUGUAGCAGUUCAGGCUGUGCUCUCACUUUACGCCACCGGGCGUACCGUGGGCAUUGUGGUGGACUCGGGUGAUGGUGUGACGCACACGGUUCCGAUCUACGAAGGAUUUGCCCUGCCCCACGCCUGUGUACGAGUUGAUCUGGCCGGCAGGGACCUCACCGAUUAUCUGUGCAAGCUGCUUCUGGAGAGGGGUGUUACAAUGGGCACCUCUGCUGAACGGGAAAUCGUGCGCGACAUCAAGGAGAAACUCUGCUAUGUGUCGAUGAACUAUGCCAAGGAAAUGGAUCUCCACGGGAAGGACGAAACCUAUGAGCUGCCAGAUGGGCAGAAAAUCGUUUUGGGCAGCGAGAGAUUCCGCUGCCCUGAGGCUCUCUUCCAGCCCAGUUUGCUGGGUCAGGAGGUGAUGGGCAUCCACGAGGCCACCUAUCACUCGAUCACCAACUGCGACAUGGAUCUGCGAAAGGAUAUGUAUGCGAACGUUGUUCUCUCUGGCGGAACGACCAUGUUUCGUAACAUCGAGCACAGAUUCCUGCAAGACCUAACCGAAAUGGCUCCACCAUCCAUCCGAAUCAAGGUUAACGCUAGUCCAGACCGCAGAUUCUCCGUUUGGACGGGUGGUUCCGUCUUGGCCUCACUCACAAGCUUCCAAAACAUGUGGAUCGACAGCUCGGAGUACGACGAAGUUGGUUCUGCCAUAGUCCAUCGAAAGUGUUUUUAGUUGGAGGAAGGAGGGCGGUAACAUAUUCGUUAUGAGCAAUAAUUAUUAUAUAUUUUCUAUUUGCUAAUGAAUUCAAUGUUCAUGAAAUUUCUAAAAACAAAACAAUUUGAUAUAAAAUAAAUAAAAAGGGGGUUAACUACACACUAACCACUAGAGAAAAACCCAUUGAACCUAACUAAUAACUGCUAAA